AUGGACUCGGCUGCUUCCCUGAAUCGUUUGCUUGCCGUUUUGGCUGAGCGUGACAUUGGUCUAGGCUAUGAUGAUCUGGCAUGGUUGUUCGAAUCUCCUCAAACCAGCGAUUCUAUGAUCUCCUGGGUCCAUGAAUAUCUAACAAGUUCAACCCUUCUCAGCCCAGAAGAACUUGACAUGCAUGCAUACAUUUCUCAAUCCAACUACAAAAUCCCAUCUUCCCAUGGAAUGCCACGUCCUAUGCAAGAACCUGAUUUUGAAUCUGCCAUCGAUUCUCUAGAAGCCAGCACUGCCGCUAUAGAGAAGCAAACAGCAAUACUGGAAGCCCAACGAGAUGCUUUUCAAAAAUUGCAGCAUCUCAACAGACAGCCUUCAUCGACCGUCUCUGACAGCGACGAGAAGCGUUCAAGUCAAGCAAGAGCAAAAGCACAGCUGGAUCUGGAAACAAAAGAGCUCACCGAUUCUAUUCAACAGCGGGUCAAUGUAACCAAACGACACGCAGACUCGAGUCUCAAUUUACUCAGGACUUCCUCCCAGCGUCAACUAGAGAAAGACGAUCGCUUGCUUGAUGGAUUGCAGAAAGUCAUGUUCAAACUCGCGCCGCUUGAGUCGAGUGAGAAGCAACUCCCUGAUUUCAACGCUUUGUCGCGUGCUUUGGUGAAGCUGGAAAGCAAAAUUAUCAAGGAUCGAACGAAUGUUACUUAUCUUGGGGCUCUUGAGAGCCUGGCUGAUGAGACUGAUGAUUUCGGACAUCAGGACAGCGCACACGCAGCUCAAGAAGCAUAUGCGUUAGCCGAAGAGCUCGAAAGUUUGAUUACAGAAGUGGACUCGGUACUCGACAUGACCAUCAGCAGGCGGUACCGAGCACCCAUCAUCAAUGCUCUGAAACUAUCCGACGCACAGGCUCAGCUCGAACAGCAAAAUUGGUUCGAAUAUGUUGUAAGGACACUAGACGAACUCGCCCGCAAGACUGAAGAUUUGGCUUUGUGUACUCAAGACGCCUUAGCCUACACAACUGCAAUCAGCCAGGUUUCAGACGUAUUGGCUGAGACACUUCCUCCACCAACACAGCCACCCUCUAGACUCGACAGAAAACCAUCAACCCGAGGUCCCUCGCCCCAAAAGACAAUGAAUCCCAUCCUACACCGCCAAGGAGCCAAAGACCCAGCCCUGGAGAUGCUUGGAUACCACAGUAUACGUAUACCCACCGAGUCUGGAACAGAUUCUGAGUCCGUGUCUCAAGCCUUGCAUUCAGCUGUACUCGAACGUCAAUCACGUCUACAAGAUUUGCAAAAGUCUACAGAGUCUUCUAUAGCUGCUCAGGUGGCUGAAUCGAUCAACACCGCAGAUGGAGAUUUGCAGACUUUACUGGGAGCAUUGUAUGCCUAUUCGCCUCACUCCACUGUACACCUAGCAGACAGUAAAGUCAAGAAAAGGUUGGAACACCUGGACCAUGAGAUCGAGAGGCUGGGAGAUGGUAUCAAGAGGCUUGAUGUUGAUCAGCUUGCCGAGGUGGAACAAAAGAGACUCUCAGCUGCUCUUGAUCGCUCGUCUGGCCGAACCUCCUCGCAAUGA